AUGAGGCAGUUGCUGCCCUCAACGGCUCUGCUGCUCCUAGUUUCUGCUGGCACACAAGCUGCAAACCUCACAAAGGCUGUGGUGGUUCUGGAGCCUCCAUACAAUAGGAUCCUCACGUUGGACAAUGUGACUCUCAAGUGCCAGGGGACCUAUCCCCUUGGGGACAAUUCCACCCAGUGGCUGCACAAUGGGACCCUCAUCUCAAAUCAAGCCAGCUACUUCAUCAAAGCUGCCAGCGUUGAAAACAGCGGCGAGUACAGGUGCCGGAAGGGCCUCUCCGAACUCAGUGACCCCGUGCAGCUCGAAGUCCACAUGGGCUGGCUGUUGCUCUGGGCCCCUCGGCAGGUGUUCCAGGAGGGGGAGCCCAUUAGGCUGAGGUGCCACAGCUGGAAGAACAAGCCCGUACGGAACGUUCAAUAUUUCCAGAAUGGAAAAAGCAAGAAGUUCUCUUAUGGUAAUUCUGACUUCCACAUUCCAGCAGCAACAAGCAAACACAGUGGCUCCUACUUCUGCAGGGGACUUAUUGGGAAGAAAAACGAGUCUUCAGAGCCUGUGGACAUCAUCAUUCAAGGUUCAGCAGUUCCAUCCACCUCACCACUCCUACAUUGGCCCCAAAUCCCUUUCUCCCUGGUGAUGGUACUCCUAUUUGCAGUGGACACGGGGCUGUAUUUUGCUGUGCAGAGAGACCUUCAUAAAUCAAUGAGGGACUGGAAAAACAGCAAAGUCUCCUGGAAACAGGGCCCUUAGGACAAAUGGGGGUAGUAAAAGCAGCACCUUUGAGCCUCUUUCUGGAUUCACAACCCCAUCAUCCCCACCAGGCAGCUCUGGGAACAGCAGGAAAACUGCACAUCAGGGUCUAGGCUGAGGAUCUUCCACUCAACUCCAUUUUGUCUUGGUCUCUGCUGGAACGGAAGAGUCUGCGAUCUCUAGGAGCCAACCAUGAAGCCCCAGUGAGUAGACACAGUACUCAGACUUGAAUUCUCAGAACUACGCAGAUACUUUCUCUGCCCAACUGUCUGUCACAGCAAAGCCACAAUGCAGACUCUGGAUGGUGACCCAAUGUAUGAACUUGUUCUUAAAUAACAGGAUAAGUAGAUAAGAGAGUUAUGGACGAGGGCCAGCUGGGUCGUGGUCUACAUCUGUUGCUGCCACCCUAAAACCCCUUCCAUAUAGAUUGUGGGGGCUGUUGAGGGCUUAGGGGAGAUAGCAGAACCAGCGAAGGGGGUGGCUGAGAAAGAGCAAGGCAGUCCAGGACGGACCAGGGGAGACCCCUGCCUGGGCUGUCUUCCUAGAACGUGAGCGGUGGUGUAGGUACAGAAAAAUCACAGGGUGAUGUAGAAUUGAUUUUUCAGGGGAGCCCCUGUCAGAACUGGGAUGGUGUGUGAAUAUUUAAUGAUGAAUGCUCUUGAUGUCCGUCAUGAGUAGAAAAUGCUCUCGGAAAGGGGUUGGGGAUGGGAGGGUCUUGGAAAAGAAAGAGCAGAUCAAACUUUGUGUCCAUAGGAAGGAGAGCCACAUUGCUGUCCCAGAUUAAGCUCAGUGAACAGAGAUCGCUCUGGGUCUGAACUGAGAAAGCAUGACAAGAAAGAGUCAACGACAGCUGUUCAGGAGGCAAUGGGCAGGACAUGAGGACAAUUGUGGGCCAGGAUAGUAGGAAUUAGAGAGAGGAGAUGCGGGGACUAUGACCAGCUUUCUGCUUCAGUAUUUAAUACAGCUCCCCCUCCAGCUUCGCAUCAUUCAUCCACCAAAUGCUGGAUAAGCGAUACUAAAUGUACUCUGCUGAGUUAAACUCUGAGACUUUGAAAUCACGAGC